AACUGUAUACAUAUGGCCUAUAUACAGGACUACCUCAACAGCGAAUCCACACAUGCAUACUUUGUGUAUACCUGGCAGUGGCACACCCUCUGCAAUUUAGUUCUAAUUUAAGUCAUAAAGGGGAAGGACAACAUGGACGUGGAAUGUCGUUCCUCAGCCCCUGUUUCACUGGGGACAACAUUGGACGUAACACACAACAUUGGCUCUUCAUCGAACUGGAAACCCUGACGAAGUUUGGUUUGCAUUUUAUAAUUUUAUAAAUGUUCAAACAAACAUAGCCAGUCUGUUUUAUACAGAUACUAGGAUGUUCCUGUGUGUAAAUUUAGCGAGAUAAAGCCUCAAGUCCCGCCCAGAACAUGAAGCCAAAUUCAUCAGCAAGUUGCCAGGCUACCAGACCCAUCCCGACUGCCUUGGCAACUAACUACAGUAUUUAGAGGUAGGACAGUUCAAAAACUUGUAGGAACUACUACAUGAAAAGAAGAACUACUACUCCUCGUGAAUGGCUAAGGGAAGUGAUCAACAUGUCUUCUGAGGAGGAGCAUUCUCAGACUUCCUCUUCUUCUCCUCCCUCCUCCUCACGUCCCCCUGUCUCCCACUUCAUUGGGAAGAAGGACGACAUUGUCAAGGCCGGACGCAUGACCACGAUGGUGAAUGGCUGCAGAGACAUACUGGUCCUGUACCAUCAGGGGCAGCUUCAUGCAAUGGACAUGCGCUGCUACCAUUCAGGUGGUGCAUUACAAUAUGGAGACAUUGAGGAGCUUAAUGGGCGGCUGUGUAUUGUGUGUCCGUGGCACAAGUACAAGAUCACACUCGCAGAAGGGGAAGGGCUUUACCAAGCUGUGGAUGAUCCUACAGCCAAACCCCUGAGAAAAUACUGGCGCUCCAAGGGUGUCAGACAGAGGAUUCACAAUGUCACUGAGGUCAACGGGAAUGUAUACGUAACACUGAAUGACUCAAACGAGGCCAUCGAGUCAGAUGUCUAUCAGACUGAGAGAUAUAGGACUGGCUUACUCAAGGCACAGCCAAAACCCACGCCCAAGAAAUAACCAGACAUUUAAGGAUUUCUUAGAGAUGAAUGAUUAUUCAACCCAAAAUACAUAAAUGCUUUAAAGAGAA